CGUGCGUUUGGCAGCUGGGGGUAUCCCAUCCUAUGCGUACGGGCAAUCCCACGUGCGAUGCGAGUCACCCUCCGUCGACGUGUAUAAAUAGCAUCGCUAACUCGACACUGCUGUCAGUAGGCCUAGCAAGCGGCCCGCACACCACACAUCCCACCCCGUCAAGUUCAGCAGAAACCACAUCACCCACCCAAGCCUCUGCCUACGACCGGCUUUCUGUUUUUUCGGAUACUAUAGAUUUUGUGUAAUAGUUUCACCCAAAAAUGGCCGGUAAGGCGGACGAUCCUAACAUAGCCAAGCUUUUCCAGUCUGUACAAAGGGAGUACCCAGACCCGGUCGAGGCGACAAUCAAAGGCAAACUACCAAAAUGGCUACAAGGUAGCCUUAUCCGGAACGGACCUGGUCUCUUCGAAGUCGGUGACACCUCCUACCAACACUGGUUCGACGGCCUGUCCCUCCUCCACCGAUUCAGCUUCGAAAAGGGCAAGGUCACCUACCAGAACCGUUUCCUCCGUAGCGAUGCCUACACCAAAGCCAAAAAGUACAACAAGAUCAUCUACGGAGAAUUCGGCACCAUGGGCAUCCCAGACCCUUGCAAAAACAUCCUCGAGAGGUUCGUCAGUCACUUCAUCCCCGUUAGUACUACCGACAACAAUCUGAUCAACCUCUACUGGAUCGGAGACGAACUGUACACCGCUUCUGAGACCAACACGCCGAUCAGAAUCAAUGUCAAAGAUCUCAGUACAGGCCCAAAGAUUGAUUUGUUUGGUGCGUUUUGGACCAUGACCGCUACUGCGCAUGGGCAGGUCGAUCACGACGGGACCACGUACAAUGUAGGCACGUCAUAUUUCACUGGAUGUAAUUAUAACAUUAUUAAGUUCAACCACAAAUGUAAAGAGGAUCCCACCAGGUCUGCCAAGAUCGUAUGCACCAUCCCAGCCCGCUAUAAGACCCGUCCUUCCUACUACCACAGCUUCGGCAUGACGGAAAACUACUUCGUCUUCCUGGAGCAGACCCUUUUCAUCAACGUUCCCAAACUGGCCACCUCAGUGCUCCGUAAGAUCCCCGUUUGUCAGACCCUGGAGUACGACCCGACAGACACGUCUCUCUUCCACGUCAUCCAGAAGACAACCGGGGAGAUUCUCCCUAUCAAGUUUGCGGCUGGCCCGCUCUUCGGCAUGCACAUCGUCAACUCUUACGAGCAGGACGGGCAGAUUGUCUUUGAUAUCUGCUGCUUCCCGGAUGACUCGCUCAUCAAGAAGUUCUAUCUGGAGUAUCUGAGAUACGGAGACCAGCAAGGGAAGAGAAACUUUCCUCGUGCCCAGGUGCGGAGGUUCGUCUUGCCGAUAAACAUCGACCAGAAGACAACCCCUCGCGGAGUUAACCUUGUAUCUCUUCCAAACACAUCAGCAACAGCAGUACUCCAAGACGAUGGCGUCAUCUUCUGUAAAUACGACAUUAUUUCGCCAGUAGGCUUUGACAUGCCAAAUAUUAACCAACGUGUCAACGGGCGACCGUACAGAUAUGCCUACGGGAACUGUAACAGGGAAAUUGGGGAGUUUGUAAACACCAUUGUUAAGGCAGAUGUCAAGACGAGGAAGACCCUAGUAUGGCAUGAGGAAUUUUGCUAUCCGUCCGAGCCUGUUUUUGUCGAAGCUCCCAACGCAGUGAAGGAAGAUGACGGUGUCAUUCUUUCAAGCGUUCUCAAUUCGCAAACGGGCAGAGCCUUCCUACUUGUUCUUGAUGCCAAAGACUUUAAGGAACUUGCUCGUGCCAAUCUACCCGCGGAUGUCGAGUGUCCCCUAUCAUUCCACGGCCAGUUCAUACACUGAGGACCCCACUCACGUCUAUUCUCGGUACUGCCUCAGCAAAUGAUCACCGAUUCGAAGUGUCCACCUGCGGGGUGUUUUUGUACUACUUGGCUGUCCGUACAAACUUCCAUCUCUUCUGCCGGAAUGAUGGAAUGCCUCCUCGUGCUUUGUUCAGAGCAAGUGAUAAGCCCUGAAAUAUAGGAUAAUUUGGGACAAACUGUUUAGCACGAGCUACGGUUUGGUCUGAAAGACAGUUAACGACUGACGGGGGUUUUCUGAGACGAGUAACCCGACUACACUUUUCCUAAAACCGUAAGUGACCAGAGUAUCGGACUGUGUCGUGUCGUGUCGUGCCGUGCCAUGAGGUGCCCCUGUUGCCCAGAGCAGGAUGACAAACACUUCUGAAAUAGGUCUACUGACCACAAGAAAUUGUGACUUUCACUGAAAUAGUCGGUGUCAUGGGGGUAGGCACCGCUGGGCCUCGCCACUCACCGUGCCAGGGUUGGCAGGCGCUAUUCACCGCCCAUCAUUCCCGCACCAGCCCGCUGCUUCUGAUCGCGGUGGACUUUGACUCGAAACACGUGUACCUCAACCGCACCAGGAACCAAUGUUUUGGAGUUUCUGAGCGCAGAAAAUAAAACGGCAAAGAAAAGUGUGGCUUGGCAAAAAUGACCAGCUAUAGUGUCUGCAGCUCGCGACUUGCCACCGUCAUUUCUGAGCUGGAUAUUUCCGUUGAACAGCUCCAUGAAAUUGAUUCCAGUAAUCCACUACUUGCGUAGUGUCCUGCUGGGUCUUGUUCCCUUGAUCAUAGCAAUGAAAACCACCGCUUUGUGUACUACCAGCAAGGGAGCAACCAGUCUGUGGGUCAUAGACUCUACUCUGAAAUAGUCAACACCAACGGAAUAUGCCCUGCGGUGCUCAGCACCUCAUAGUUUCGGUCCACGAAACAUGAAAAGAUAUUAUUCAGUCGUUUUGAUAUUCCUACAACAAAACCAACGGGUGUAAUUCCACAAUAUUUGUGGAUUGCAAAAACAUAGUGUAUAACAGCAAAUACUAUCAUUUUGCUGCUGCAGAAUUGCUUUUUAGUCAUGUGCAAUAUUCGUUUUAAUUAGUGAAUUUUUUUUAAAUAUCACUGCCAAAACACAUAAAUUCAAUUAGGAAAGUGGUUAUCAGCUAUGUCGUUAGUCAAACGACGAAAUUAUUUUAAAAUAAAAUUGUUAAGCAGGGUAUCGGCCCUUUAACGAUGUACAGAAUGCUAUAAAUGCUUAUGAUGAACUAGCCAAGCGAUAAUGCUUUGGAGCUUUGUUCUGAGGUUUUGCAGCAAAGCUCACUGGUAUCAGUUCAUUUUGGCCUCGCCCAAAUUUUUUUUAGGUUGGUUGAAUGUUGUCCAAUUCCUUUUCUGCGAGGAGGGCGCCUGCACACUACCCCUUCCAACAGAACUGAGCUUGUGUAUUCGGGAAGACACUAGAGCAAAUUUCAGAGCGCUCUCCACUGUCUCCAGUGUAAUUCGAAGUAUGAAUUUUCUGAGGUUUGUCUUGUAUUGUGCUGUUAGCUUUGCAAGCUUCUUGCCUAAGCAUGAGGUUAUCAAAAUGUUCAGCAGUGGAAUACCUCCUUAGGUUGUGUAUAAACUACUACAUGGAGCCUUAUCUUAUUUAUUUGCAGAUAUAACAUAUUAACCAGUAAGGCAAAGUUUAAAACUACGUGUACAAGAACAUGGUGACACAAUAUGUAAACACUGCUUUCAAGUGUUUAUUCUUUUGAAAGGGUUAUUGAAAACAACCAAUGAAAAGUUGAUUUUCAAGAUCUGUCCUUUUUUGUUAAACGGGGCAGAUUUUAACCCUAACAGUCGUCAAUCUUUUCAGUUUCAAUGAUUUUUACAUACAACCUAGGGGUUGGGGCUGAAUUGCGAUUCGAAAAAAGCAGGUCAUAAAUGUUUUUAUAAAUCUCAUUAAGAUCUCACGUAUUAGUCCUGGCGGUUCCCAACUAAAGUUCUGCUUUGGAAGUACUUUUUCAGACAAGGCAGAGUUGCCUAACGAAAUUUGCCCCACGAUUUUGUUUCUUUUCCUUCAUUGAUCAUUCCACGUCCGGUGGAAUAUGAAAUCUGUGUGACGUAGGAUUAGGGCGAAGGAGAAAAGGAGUCAUUCAGAAGCUAGCUAAGAGAACUCUCGUAUAUAGGCCAGUAUACAUGCGGAGUGCUUAUUUUGUGUUAUUUAUUUCAAAAAUAUACAACACUUGAUGAACUUUUAUGCUGCGAAUGGGUAACGGAUAGUGAUUGGUUAUAGCAUGUCCACGAUAAAAUAGUUGUAUAAUUAUGUCUUCCUGUUUUACUAAUCAUGUAACAUGCUGCAUAUAAUUAUAGCCAUAGGUUAUCAACGGUGAUGUCCGUUAA